UCUUCCUUUUAGGGUAAAAUGCCACUAACAGUAUAAAAAAAAGGCGCUGAUUUUCCUUUAAUGUGUCACCAGUCUGUACGUGCUGGUGUGUGACUGGCGCUCGUGACAGAGUGGUCCCUUUAAUGGCGCGCUCGUAGACUUGUACAUCAGCGCGCGUGCCUCUCUCGGUGUUUCUCUACCACAUUCAUAGUGUCUAAGCGCCUUCAGCGAAUCGGGGUGUGUCUGCACAAACAAGGAAACCACCGAGCGCAAACAACAACAACCACACCACUAGUGGGGCGAAAAUGCAGCACAAUGAAAAUCUGACAAGCAGGAUAUGACACUUGUUUGGCUUGAAAGGCGUCUUGAAAACAUGAAGAAGCAGCACCAAAGCCCAGCUAAGCUAGCGGCAGAAGUGCGCGUGCCAGAAGGCGAGGCUACUGUGCAGCAACUCAACGAGCUUUUGUCUGACGGCAGCGGCUUUUACAGUUUACCGGCGCAACAUUUCAACGAGGUGUUUCCUAGGAUUUACAUCGGCAACGCGUUUGUGGCCCAGAAUGUGAUGCGUCUGCAGCGGCUCGGCAUCACACACAUACUCAACACAGCAGAGGGCAACUCCUUCAUGCACGUGAAUACCAACGCUGAGUUCUAUGCAGGAAGUGGGAUCACAUACCAUGGCAUAAAAGCCAAUGACACGGAACAGUUUAACCUCAGUGCCUUCUUUGAGGAAGGGGCCGACUUUAUUGAUAAGGCUUUGGCACAUGCAAAUGGAAAAGGAAAAGUGUACGUUCACUGCCGAGAAGGCUACAGCCGCUCCCCGACUAUGGUCAUUGCUUACCUCAUGCUGCACCAUAAAAUGGAUGUGCGAGUGGCGACGGCUACAGUAAGGCAUAAAAGAGAAAUCGGGCCCAACGAUGGCUUCCUUCGCCAGCUGUGCCAACUCAACGAGAAGCUGGCCAAAGAGGGCAAGCUGAAGACUAAAUGAUAGACAACACAUCUGUCACUCCUCUGGCAUCAGAGAUUUGCUUGGUGCAAAGUUAUUAUAAUCUUUACUACUAUUACUACUCCUUUCUUUCUUUCUUUCUUUCUUUCUUUCUUUCUUUCUUUCUUUCUUUCUUUCUUUCUUUCUUUCUUUCUUUCUUUCUUUCUUUCUCUCUCUCUCUCUCCUCUCUCUCUCUCUCUCUCUCUCACACACACACACACCAAUUCAUAGCUAAAAGAUCUGUUAGUCUUGAACCACACACACAAACACACACCCACACACACACACACACACACAGUCUACAAAUCUUGCAUUGACUAUGAUAUAUGUCCUGCUUCUCUGCCUUUUUUAUUUCACCCCAAUUUCCCACAGUAAUGUAUGUAGCCACAUACAAAAUAAUUAUAUUUAAUAUAUUUUACAAUAUAUUUAUAUUUUGCAAUAUAUGACUUAUAUAAAAUUACAGUAUAUUCCAUUUACAUGUGGAGUGUAAAACACUCCUGCUGCCAUCUGUUUGUACGUCUAGCAUCUUUGGAGCUCUUUAGCCCAGUCUGCAUACAACAGUAAAACUUAGAGCACAGUCACGCCAUAGUCUCCCACUGCCGGACUUUUCACAGAGAUCGAUCCCAUUCCAUUUUGUAUAUCGUUAUAUAUGGAGGCAUUUCAGAAUGAUGCAGAGUGUACACACACCUCUGUAGAAAAAGCACCAAAAUUACACUUUAAUGAAUUAAUGAUAGAAUAUUGAUUUAGCUCAUUGCAGCUGAUACUACCGACUGAUAUUUCCAUCAGUGCUCACAGAAUGAGGUUUAGACAACUGACAGGGUAUCCCAAUGAUAUUUUCAUGUUAGCAUUAUUUUUGUGCCAUUGUUACACACAUAUGAAGUACGCGUUGUUCAACCAACUUCUAUAAAAAACAAAGUAUCAGCCAUGAUACAGAGACGCAUGAGAAUCGCAUAGAUCUGACAUGCCAGAUUACUCUCUACCAAUCCUGAAUAACAUCUGAACCUUUUAUCCUCCUCAAGAUCAUUCAAACUGUAGUGUAACCAUUACCAUCAGUAUGCUUAUGCGCUUGCUUAUGUAACUGUAAGUACUCUUUAUCAAGCAUCAAAUACAAGGUCAAGCCAUGCUUUAUAUAGGGCAUUACUAACAUAUAUACUGUAUUUUAGAGAAUUACUUUAAGCCAAUCUCAUUACUGAGUCUUCCUUAUAGCCCUGAUGUUGAGACUAGGAUUACAAAUAGGGACUGGAAAAGAUGAUUCAAAUUGGACUGAGAGCACAAAAGAAAGAUCUGAACAUCAUUAGUCUACCGAGCGAAGGUCAAGUGUCGCAUCUAAAGCCCAAGGGUUUUCCCUCUGUUUUGUAAUGAUUAAGGAGACUCAUAUAUCACUUAGAACCCACUAUAUAACUAGGCCACAUGAAACCAUAUAGCAUUUUCUAUUCCAAUUACUCCAAUUUCUAUAUUUAUAUGCAAUGCAGAAAUAUUAAUAUUAAUUAUAUACAUGUAUAUAAACAGUUAGGUGUUGACAUAUAUGAAUGUAUUAUAAACUGUAUGUGUAUUACUACAGUAUGUGUUCUCAAACUAAUAUCCAACUUAUUGUAGCCAUGAUUUAUAUCAUAUUAACACAUAAGGCCAUUGAUCAAAAUACAUUCAUAAGGAUAAUCUAGAGCAGGGGUUAUCAACUAGCAUAUCAGGGUCUGCAAACAACAAAGGACAAAACACUUGACUGAACUGAGCACUUGCAAAAACCAAGCCAAACCAAACAAAAACAAUUUGUAGCAGUCCUUUGGUUGUGUCUUAUCCAGCUUUAUGACAACUCACCAUACCAGAUGUUAGCCAUGGUGGUAGAGACAUUAAAUCAGCAAGCAAAGUUCUCAUUUACAUCUUUUUGUUCAUUGGGGAGAGAAGUGAACAAAUGGCAUUUUUAAAUGGAAGUUGUAAGGAAAUUCAGAACUUUUUAAAAAUGUGUGUACAACACUUUAUUCUCCCAUAAUGCAAAACAACCUCAAGUAAACACAUUUACAAAAUUGUAAUUUAACCUAACUUUACGAUAAGAAAUUGUUCAAGUUAAAUUAGGAAUGACCACCAGAGUGCACUUUUGUAAGCAUGGCAUUGCUAUGUGUCUGGACCUUGAGACAUUUUAGCUGAACACCCCUGCUUUAGAGUUUCAGGUAUUAUUUUGAAGGGUUUACAUUUCUUUAAAAGCUUUUAAACUACCACAAACAAUUUCUUUUUUUUAAUUUAGUUUUUAAUUACUGUCACAUUGUCUUUAACAAUCCUUUUCAUACAUGAGAGGGCUGAAGUCUGUCUCCACAGCUAACACUGUAACAGGCUACCUCAAAGCAUCAUUACCAUCUGUCCUACUUAGUUUCCCCACAUAAGGUUUCUGUACCAUAAUGUCUAUUUUAAAUUUCAAACAAAAAUAUGUAAUAAGAAACUACUAACCUUAAACAUUCCUAUAUUGUAUUCUGGAGACCUAGGCUUUCUAAAACCUAACCUACUGUAGAUACUGAAACCUGUCUGCCGUCAUAAGAAAUAUAUAGUGUACUAAUAUGGAUGCCAAUCAAGUAUCACUUAUUAGUAGGUUCUUAUUUUGAAAAUGCUUUUUUCUUUGACUGUCCAACGUUGAUGAGGAAUGACGUUGACAGAAAUCUCUCAUUCGCUGCAAGAAGUGUGGAUUAAAUAAAAGGUAUUGUAGGAGGGUCACCACUAUUCAGUGGACACAAAGGGUACAAAUGUGCUGUUUCUUGUUAGUGAGCCCCUGAUCUAGUACUCAUCCAAGUAAAUGAAUUAGCGGAGAGAUACACUGCCACCUGCCCUCGGCAAUCGCCUGUGGUCGUUACAAAAUAGAUUAGUCAUUUAGAAAUACUUAAUAUAAAAAUGUACUUUAAAUGUUUGAAGCUGGUAAUGAACUACUGUAUGGCUUAAUGAUGUCAAGAGUGACUGCAAUGCUGCUUGAUAAUUUUUAAUGUCCUAUUAUAUGUCUACUAUAAUGGUAUAUUGUUUUGUACUUAUAAGGAUGCCUCUUAAGGUGAUCGAUGUAAACCAAACUACUAAACGCUAUGCUAUGUUUAAAGAGCUUAUCUGAUUGUCUUACCUGUGGUCUGCACUGAUCCUUGCUGAUGAAUUGAAUCAAAGUUAUUAUGGUAUACACAUAUACUGAUCAGCACAAGUGUAACAAUGUUGUGUAUUGUCUGUACUUUUGUACUUUUUAGAAACUGUCCUGUCUCACACACUGGCACUAUGCCAACAUGUGCAUACACACCAAUAAUGUAUUUUCCAUGCUCUGUCUAUUGUGCCAGAAUGAUUGUACUAUAACAAAUAAUAGACCCCACCAGUAUAUUGUAGUACAGCCUAAGAAGGAUCUUAUUAAGUACCUGAGUGUGUUCUUUAGGUGGGUUUGGCACACAUUUUCACACUGCCAAAUUGUUGUUCAGAUUGAGACGCGUGUUCAGAGUGAGGCACACCACAAUCUGUAUUUAGUUCAAUUUAUGUCAAAGGCCCAAAUUAUUAAACCUCUUAGGAGUAUUACACUGUAGAAAAGGGAGAAGGACACAGGAGCUGUCCUGUCAUCCCACCAUAAAGCCUUACUCUGAAGACUGAUAAUCUAUUUUUGAUUUAGGUACUCACUCCACAAAGCAAAGCAUACAGCUUAUUACAAACACUUUAUAUAUUGAAGUGCACUUGAUUUUAAAUGACUGACAUGUUUCUUGAUUUUAAAUUACUGAUAUGUUCCUGCUUUGGGAAUAUUGUAUUUGUCCAACUGUUGAACAAUAAAUUGCUAAAUUAAA